AAUCUAGUGGCAUUCACGUAAAUAAUACCGAAAUAAGAGGGUAUUUAUAUAUUCAUCAAUCAUAAUAAAUUCUACGAAGAUCCAACUUUGCCAUCUAGAAAAUCCCCAAUUUCCCUGAGAAGACUCUAAGCAGAAGAGCAAGAAAGACAGACAUAUUUUCGAUAGAGAAAUUUAGAGAGAGAUAAUUGUGAAGCAUUUUCUGCGGAGAAGUUGUAGACAGAGAAAGUGUGAUAGAGAGAGUUUUGUGGCAUUAAUGGCGGAGGAGAAGCAAGGCGACGAGAGCGUGAAGCUGUUUGUAGGUCAAGUGCCAAAGCACAUGACUGAAGAUCAGAUUCUCGCAAUGUUCCAAGAGUUCGCGCUUGUUGACGAAGUCAACAUAAUUAAGGAUAAGACUACGCGUGCUUCUCGAGGAUGUUGUUUUGUGAUUUGUUCGUCGAGGGAAGAAGCUGACAAAGCAGUGAAUGCAUGUCACAACAAGAAGACGCUUCCUGGGGCAUCUAGUCCGUUGCAAGUGAAGUACGCUGAUGGCGAGUUGGAAAGGCUAGAACACAAACUCUUUAUUGGUAUGCUUCCAAAAAACGUAUCCGAUGCCGAGGUCUCUGCUUUAUUUUCGGAAUAUGGAACCAUAAAGGACUUGCAAAUUCUGAGAGGUUCUCAGCAAACUAGCAAAGGUUGUGCUUUUCUGAAGUUUGAAACGAAAGAACAAGCGCUUGCAGCCAUUGAAGCCCUUAAUGGGAAGCAUAAGAUGGAGGGUUCAACUGUCCCUUUGGUGGUCAAGUGGGCAGAUACAGAAAAGGAAAGGCAAGCUAGGAAGGCUCAGAAAGCUCUAUCACAAGUGUCUAGUGUGCCAAAUGCUGACUCAAGACACCAUACAUCUUUAUUUGGCACUUUACCCAUGGGAUAUAUGCCCCCGUAUAAUGGAUAUGGGUAUCAGACUCCAGGGGCUUAUGGGCUCUUGCAGUAUCGCCUACCACCGGUGCAGAAUCAACAUGCCUUUCACAAUCUAAUUCCACCCGUAAACCAAGGCAAUGCUAUGCGUGGUGUCACUCAUGAUCUUUCAUCCGGAAUGGCCCCAAGAAAUUAUACCAUGUCACCUACAAGUUUUCUGGGACCUCCCUACCAAGCUUUGCCAGGCGUUCAAUAUCACAUGCCAUAUGGAGGAAUCACAAGUAACAGGCCUAUCUCAGUAUCCCCUGGUUCUAUAUCUCCCACUGCAAACAGUCAAUCUGCAGCAUCUUCAAGUGUCAAUACAAGUUCUGGGGGUCAGGUUGAAGGUCCACCUGGAGCUAAUUUAUUUAUUUACCAUAUUCCUCAAGAAUUUGGUGAUGAAGAGCUUGCAAAUGCCUUUCAGCGAUUUGGUAGGAUCUUGAGUGCCAAGGUUUUCGUUGACAAAGCAACAAGUGUCAGCAAAUGUUUUGGAUUUGUCAGCUACGAUUCCCCAUCAGCUGCUCAGAAUGCAAUAAACAUGAUGAAUGGCUGCCAAUUAGGUGGUAAAAAAUUGAAGGUUCAACUUAAAAGGGAUAACAAACUGAAUAAACAUUAUUGACUUUAGUGUAAGUACUGGAAGGAAGCUGAUUUCUGCAGCAUGAAUGAUCAAGUGAGCUCAAACCGCCAAAGUUACUGCAGUUUGAGCCAUUCUAUUCCAAUUAGACAUGAGCUCAAAACGUCAAAGUUACUACUGCAGUUGUAUUCCCAUUCCAUUCUUGUGGAAUUGAAGUCCCCGAAACUUGUAGUUCAUGUUUAUUUCUGUACAAUUGUAUUUGUAUUUGUGUAACAUGGAAUACAAAUUAGACAAUGCUUAUUAAUUUAUUGAUUCUUAUUACGGAGGUGUUUGUUGUAUA